UCCACCCCUGCCGGCACCCCACUUUCUCCCGGCCAUGCGCGGACCCCUGUUGCUCCUCUUUGGGGGGCUUUUUGCCCUGUCAGGGAUCCGGACGAGCCCCCUGCCGCCCCCCGACCUCCUGCUCUGGAAUGGGAUCUCUCUGUUUUCUCGGGAGGACUGGCUGGGGGCCCGGGGGCAGCUCUGGGGGGCCCUGCGGAGCCUGUCCGAGUUGCAGGGGGUGAAGGUGCGCUGCGGGGAGGAGUGCGGGCUCCGGGGCUCCUGGGGGCCCCACCUGGAGGACGCGGUACUAAAGCGAGCGGACUGCCUGCUGGGCUGCGAGAGGCUGCGGCUGGGAGAACCAUCCCUGUAUCGACUGACCCAGGAAACAGAGAAAGUGUUCAGCAGGGGACAGCUCUACAACUACCUGCAGGUGGUGCACUACAAGCUGGAGGAACUGGAUGAAGCCGCCGCCGCCGCGUUCACCUUCUACGUCCGGAACCCCUUCCACGAACAGAUCCAGGACGACCUUCAGCGCUACCGCAAGAUGAAGAACGUCGGUGAGCAGAGCUUCCGAGACCUGGAACAGUCCCAGUGCCAGGCGCUGUUCUCUCAGGCUGUCUCGCUCUUGUCUGACGGUAAGCUCCGAGCUGCGGCCCUUCGGUUAGAGGACUCCCUGACAGCUUGCCUCUCGGAGUUAGACAGUUGCCGCAGUCUCUGCGAGGGAACGAGAGAACUUGAAAACGAGGUGCACAGGGAUUUAUCGGAGGUGAUUGCAGAGUAUUACGUCAGCGUCUUGCAGUGCAGGCAGAUGUGCGUUUUACGGAGUUCCUCGACCCCCGGACUCAAACCCUCAAAAGAAGACGCUGUCUUAUCCUGCCUGUCCUUACUGAUGGACACUUACACCAAGCUUGAGGACUGGGACUCGGCUGCAGAAAUCGCUCACUCACUGCUGCUCUUCAAUCCUCAAAAUGAGACCACGAGAGAGAGACUGCGUGGGUGCGAAGAACGACUUGGCGGCAAGAGCGUGGGCAAAGCACGAGAGAUCAUCGCGUCAUACGUGCAUCGCACGCUCUCGGAGAAGAAAUUGCUCUAUUACGCCAUGGAGAAUUUGAACAUCUCGUUCGGGGAUCCGGAUUCCUGGACGCCGGAAGAAAUAAUCCCAGAGAGCCUGCGAGAGAGAGUGCGGAAGGAAAGAGAGGCAGAGGGGCAGAAAGGGGCGAGCCUGCCUUAUGACGACGUGACGGUGACAUUCACCCCCCAUGAAAUGAACGGGACGGCGCGAGUGACCCUGGACGGAGUGAUAAACGAGGAUGAGUGCAGGAUGCUUGUUGACCUGGCCCAGAUGGCUGGGGGUUCUGGGAGUGGAUUCCGAGGCCGACGAUCGCCUCAUACUCCCCGGGAGAGGAUCCAGGGUCUGACUGUGUUGCGAGCGAUACAGAUGGCUUUAGCGGGAAGCGCUGACCUCUCGCACUCUCGGCUGCUCUAUCGCUCUAGUGAGCGCGCUCGGAUUCUGGCGCAGUCUUACUUUGGCACAGAGAAGCUUCACUUCUCCUACACCCACCUCGUGUGCCGAUCGGCUAUAGAAGGUGAGCAGGAGGGCCGCUCUGAUCUCAGUCACCCCGUCCACGCCGAUAACUGCAUUCUGGACCCGGAGGAGAAGGAGUGUUGGAGGGAGCCUCCGGCGUAUGUACACAGAGAUGUCAGUGGCCUCCUCUACCUGAACGAUGACUUCCAAGGUGGGGACCUCUUCUUCACGGAACCCGACGCAGAGACGGUCACGGCAGAAGUCCGUCCCCGCUGUGGCCGCUUGGUCCUGUUCAGCUCGGGGGGAGAGAACGCUCAUGGCGUGCGCGCAGUGACGCGGGGAACGCGAUGUGCCGUGGCGCUGUGGUUCACCAAGUCCGCAGAACACGCCGAGCAGGAGCGCUCUGAAGCACAGGAUCUCCUCCUGGGAACGGCCAAUGCUACCCAAAGUAAAGACGGCGAGGAGACCAAGACUGGGAGAGAGACAGCUUCCAACGGUGAAGAGCCGGAGAGACCGUCGGGGAGGAGACAGAAGAAACGAGAGAGCAGGAAAUUCACAGAUGAACUUUAGAUACAGCGUCAUGGGGGGUGUUGGGGGAUACGGGGUUAACAGGACUGUGACUCGCAGAUAUUUGGUGGCAUUUACCUAAUUGUGCAAUAACCUUCAGAUAUUGAUCCAGUGCUUCGUGAAUGGUGCAAUACUCUGCGGAUCAGGCCUGGGCAUAAAGCGGUCAGCUGCCCCUGUUCAAAAGGAACGUGGGGUAUUUGUGCAAAGUACGGGGGUGAUAUCCUGCGGAGAAGAAUGAAAUGAUGUUCUGAAGACUAAUACUGAUGUGGCCCCUGACCGUCAAGGGUUAAUGUGCUGGUCACUGGCAUGCAUGAGGUUAAUGAGCGUCGUUUUUUUUGUAUAAUAAAGUCUUCUGUUUCUUUUCUGUG